AUGCCGGACGACGUUGAGCCAAACGGGACCGAGGUCUCAGAUGUCAUGUCUGACAACGAGAACGACCUCGACGACGGCGAACAUCCCAUCAAAGACGACGACGACGAGAAGAUGCCUGAUUCCAACACUUCGCCAGAGGCCGGCGCCGAAAAUUCGGGAGAGGUGAAGAAGAAAUAUGAUCCCAAAGAUCCCCAUCGUCCUCGGCGCAAGAAGGCCAGACGUGCGUGUUUUGCUUGUCAGCGGGCGCAUCUGACGUGCGGAGAUGAGCGGCCUUGCCAGCGAUGCAUCAAACGCGGUCUGGCCGAAGCUUGCCAGGACGGCGUCCGCAAGAAGGCGAAAUAUCUACAUGAUGCUCCCGCGGACGCGUUGCGCCCAGUAUUGGGACCAAACUACAACCCCAGUGCGGCCCCGAAGCAAACCAACGGCGGGCAUCAUUCCAAUGGUGCUUCCGAAGGUCCCACGUACUUUUCGCAGGCUACCACCGCCCCAUCUUACCCCAUGUUUACCGGCGUCGCUCAGAGCCAGGUGACAGGACUGCCGGAGGGCAUGCCCUUCGGGGGCCAACAUUCGCCGGUCACGCCCAGAUUCCAAGCUCACAAUGGCAACAGCUCGGCACAGAUGGCCGCCAUGGCGGGACCUUCUCCGGUAUCAGGCGAGAUGCCAAACCACUUCUCCACAGCCAUGUUCGACCCAAGCAAUCCGGCAAUAUUCAAUUUCGACCUGGAAGGUCUGAACUUUGGAAGUCACUAUGGUGCUCUCGAGUUCGGCAUGCUCAAUCACAUGUCUUCUGGUGCUGCAGAGACACCGCCGAGGGAGGCUGUAUCUCACCCGCCCGGACAUGACGUGGGCUAUGGCCAUUCGGCUAUGUUUCCAAACGGUGUCGGCAAUCAAUACAACCACAUGUAUGAUCAAGGCAUGGUCGAGAACUUCAUGAAUGUGGACCAAAAUAGCAAUGCAUACCCGCAAGGAAGUCUGCAGCAUGGGCUACCUCACGCGUACGCCAUAGCAGCAGCCGGGCCGACACCCAAUAGUUUUUCCAGUCCAGGGACAGACAACACGUCAAGCCCACAGCCGACCAGCUACGGGUUCGAUAAAUCGCCAACCAGCUGUAGUUAUACACCGGCCAGUACUCAGUCGAUGGCUCAGCCUCCUAGGCCGAAACCGAAGCCUCACAAUGCAAACAACAAGGUUGGGCCGCAGGCCUUGCUGGGGAAACGGCAACGUGAUCCGUCUUCGAUAUACGAGACGGUCAAUGAGCCAUACCCAUAUUUGACGGGGUUCCACAACCUCAUCACAUUUGUUCAGCGUCGAUUCUCAGCGAACAAGACGCUGCGCAUCGCCAAGUCACUUGCGAGCAUCCGACCAUCCUUCAUCGCCUGCACAAGGCAUCUCAACAGACAAGACCUCAUUUUCAUGGAGAAGUGUCUCCAACGGACUUUGUUCGAGUACGAGGACUUCAUGGGGCACUGCUCAGCGCCGACGAUCGUUUGCCGGAGAACGGGUGAAGUGGCGGCUGUGAACAAAGAAUUCAUCGCUCUCACGGGGUGGACGAAGGAUGUGCUGUUGGGCAAGGAGCCUAAUGGAAAUGCCAACACCGGGCGAUCCGGGUCGGAAUCAGGCACUCUCAGUAAUUCGAGCAGAGCAGAGUUUACAACGCCGCGACUGAAGACUGUUCAACCUGAUACAGGCAACGGGUCUGAUGGGGCUCUGCAGCCAGUCUUCAUCGCCGAAUUCAUGGAUGACGACAGCGUUAUCCAAUUCUACGAAGAUUUCGCUCAACUGGCUUUCGGGGACAGCCGAGGGCACGUGACGAGGAAAUGUCGACUGCUGAAGUACCGAACGAAAGAAAUGAACGACAGCAUCGCGAAUGAGGAGUCGCCUCAGCGGGAAAAGCGAAGCAGCAUCCUCAGUAAACGAGUCACCAAGAUAGAUGGUGAACACGGCAUAUCGAAGCUUGAGAAGGACGGCAAGAUUGACUGCACGUUCUGCUGGACAAUCAAACGUGAUGUCUUCGAUAUCCCUAUGCUGAUCGUCAUGAAUUUCCUGCCGUGUUACUACCGUACCCAAGAUCAGCACCUCGCAGUGUAA